AUGGAGAACCACCUCAGACCCGGCGUUGCCAUCCUCACAAACUCCGCCAACGGCACCCCACUCGCGCUCUCCCACAAUGUGCUCAUAAACGUCGCCGACGACGGGAACGUUGUGCUGAAGCCGCGGGAUCAGAGUGAUGAGCAGCUGCUGUGGACGCUGGAAGAUGGAAAGGAUGUGUCCAGUGGUGUGGUGGAGGGACGCCUGCAGAGUGUGGCGAGGAGGGACCUGUAUAUGGCUGUGGCGGGGCAUGUGCCCAUGCCGCCGAUUAUGUUUAAUGUCUCGGCGAUCGCGAAGGAUGGCAAUGCGGAGAGGUUCAAGUGGAGGGUAGAGUACAAGUAG